AUGGCUGAGACUAUGUGUCCAGUGCUUAUCAAUCAUAGGCCUUUCGAACCCAGCACUACCUUGAACAGCUCCCAUCACUCAUCCUUCAUGGACCAAAACCCUAUUGUCGACACCAUUGUGGCUGUCGAUGAUAUUGAAAUCCCCACAGUUGAUUUCUCUGUGCUACUCUCUGAUGAUCUUGAAAAAAGAUCCAAGGCUAUUGAAAACAUCGGCCAUGUCUGCGAGGACUUUGGCUUCUUCUAUCUGGUUAAUCAUGGGGUGUCAGAUGAGGUAUUUGAGAGUGUUUUCAAAGGAAUAACUGACUUCUUCAAUCCAUCGGAAAUCGAGGAUCGGAAGCAGUAUGAGAAAAAGAAUCCAACAGAUAGAAUCCGAUGGGGUCUUCGAUCUUCUCUUGGGGAGAAUAGAGAAUAUCUCAAGGUGAUUGCACAUCCUGAGCACCACUGUCCUACUAAACCAGCUGGUUUCAGUGAGGCUAUGGAAGAAUAUUUCGAAAAACUGAGAGUUAUAGUAAAUGGUUUGGGAAAGGCAGUCUCAAAGGCCAUGGGAUUUGAAGAAUGCUACAUAGAGAAAGCUUUUAAGCUCAACUCAGGGUUCGAUAUGUCUGCUAUGAACUUAUAUCCACCCAAUUUCAGAUCAAAAGGUUCUAUUGGUGUGCCUAACCAUACUGAUCCUGGCUUCUUUGUUUCGCUCAUUCAAGACGUGAACAGUGGCCUGCAAAUACUAUCCCAUAAGGGAGACUGGAUCAAUGUUAACAUGCCCCGUAAUGCCAUUUUCAUAAACCUUGGGGAUCAUCUUGAGAUUUUAACAAAUGGGAAGUACAAGAGCCAUGUUCAUCGUGUGGUUGUAAACAAUAACAAAGUGAAGAGGAUCUCAGUGGCCACACUCCAUGGACCUUCGUUGGACUCAUUUGUGUCUCCGGCACCAGAGUUUGUUGAUGAGUCUCACCCUCCGAUAUAUCGCGGAAUGACGUACAAGCAAUCCUUGGAGGCCAACGGCGGCGACGAGAUAGAUGUUCAAUCGUGCCUUGAACAAAUUCGGAUCGAAUAA